UUAGAUAAAGUUUUUGAACCACUAGUAGAUUUAUACUUAAACAAUUAGAUUGUUCGCUCUUGAUUUCUAUGUGCACCCUUGUCAACUAGAAAUCUUGAGCAACAGUAAUCUCAAGCUCAUAAUCUAAUUGUUUAAUAAAAACAUGGUUUUGAACCAAUCAGUGUGCGGAUUUCCUUUGGGUUAUUUUCUUAAGUAUGUGCAUCAUAUAGAAGGUGAGAACAUUGCCGUGCCAAAUUUAAAGACCAAUUUAUGUCCUCGUAAAUUUAAGUUAAUGGGACAACCAUGAGUGAUUACAUGCUGGUUGUGUGACAUGCAAAAAGGUAGAGGGUAGGGUUUCACAGUCCAAAGUUUAGUGUGAUCACAUGCAUUAGUAACGCAAACUGUACGCUAAGCCAUUCAGAAUUGGCUGGUAUUUCACUGUCAAUCGAUUCCCAGGCAUCGAGCACGAGUGGUGUGUUCAUUCAUUCCUUCGCUGCAAGCUAGCAAACUGUAUUUACCUUCUAUGACGUGAUUUUCGUUAAUAAGUCUCGCAGCCGUUCAACUCGUUUCUUCGCUUUCUUCUGAGAUGGUUUUGCUAUUCUGUGAGGCGAUUUUAAGUUCGAAGACUGCAAAUCAUGCUGCCACGAGCUCACCGGUCGACUUCCCACCCAAGCGCACAACCAAAUAUUGACCCGACCGUGUUUGGAGCCCUAUCCAUCGCCGACCUUCGCUCCCUUUGCGUUCAACAUGGGAUACCAUCGAGAGGAGUCCGAAAGACCCUUGAACGCUGGCACCGGGAGCUGAACACUCCAUCACCAAAUCAGGUUCAAAACAUCAAUGAACAUGAACCAGCAGCUCCAAACAAUGACGAAACGGCAGCACAAAGGCAAGAGUGCCCUGAGUUUACAGACGGCCAGAUGCAGAUGAUCCAACAAUUAAUUGCAGACACUGUGAAACAAUCUGCCAGGGAGAUAGCGACCGAAGCGGCUAGGGCUGCUGUGAGUGCUUCAUUGAGCCUCCUUGCCCAAAGGCCCACUUCGCUUGUGCCUGGCACAGUGCCCGAAAUGACAGUUCCCACGAACACUGUGGCAGUAAACUUUGCGUCACCUUUCCAAGACAUCCCGGGACAGUAUAUCAAAGACAUCCAAAGUAGUGAGUUUUUUGACCUUUCAAAGUUGCUACCUAAGAACCUGUCGCUGUACGACGAUGAGGAUAAUCUUGUAUUAUCCUUAGAGAACUCUGUUGUUAAGGUAUCGAAGAAAUCGAAGCCGACGGCCUCCACUUCAAUCACAGAUAUUGAACAGUGGACCACUGCCUUUACGUCCUAUAUGAGCGUACUGAUCGAGAAGUUCCCGACACGAUCGCAGGAACUGUUGCAGUAUGUCAGUUUAAUUAGAUAUGCAGCCCGUGUGCACAAAGGGUUAGGCUGGGCCAUUUAUGAUUUUAAGUUUCGCCAGAAAUUUAGCGUUAAUAAGUCUAUGAAUAGGUCAGUUGUUGAUACUCAGCUUUGGUUAACCAUUUUUACUGUGUCACCAGCGGUACUCAAAGAAGAGUGUCCGCUUUUUUCCAAUGGACCCCAGCGAAGUGUCUCUACAACAGGGGGCGCAAACAGAGGCACAUGCAACUUUUACAAUAGGAGUGGCACAUGUACUAGAGAACACUGCCAUUUCAGACAUGUAUGCAACAGAUGUAGUGGAUCGCACCCAAGGGUUGACUGCCCUGCCCACCCCGUGCAGCAACCAGAGCGGGAAGGGAGAAGGAAUAGAGAUAGUGAACAUGGAAGCUCAAAGUCAAGUUCCUCUCAUCGAAAGUGAGAAGAAUACUUGCCCCUUCCCAACCCCCAUUAAUGUACGACGACUUGAGGAGACAUUGACUAAUCAUCCCAAUCAAGAAUUUGUCUCGAAAUUGUGUAACAAUCUUAGGUAUGGGGCCGAUGUGGGUUUUACUGGGAGACGUGUUGCUAGAUUCUCUAGGAAUCUGCCCACUGCACUUUCCCAACCAAACAUUGUUUCAGAAAACCUUUCCAGGGAAGUGGCCCUGGGGCGAGUUGCGGGUCCCUUCCCGAGCCCACCACUGCCCAAUUUCCAGGUGUCACCCAUCGGAUUGGUUCCCAAAAAACAUUCUACUAAGUUUAGGACCAUCUUUCACUUAUCUUUCCCAAAAUCUGGAGAGACGAGUAUCAACUCUUCAAUUUCCAAGGAGGAUUUUAGCCUUCAGUAUAUUACAAUUGAUAAUGCAAUCCAAGGGAUUUUGAGCCUUGGCCAAGGGUGCUUCCUCGCAAAGACAGACGUCGAGUCGGCGUUUCGCCUCAUCCCUCUUAGGCCUUCAGAUUAUGAGCUGUUCGGCAUGUAUUGGGAGGGUAACUACUACUAUGACAAAGUUCUUCCCUUUGGCUUGCGGAGUGCCCCUUUCCUGUUCAAUUUACUGUCUGAUGCGAUAGAGUGGAUCCUCCUCAAUCAAUGCCUUGUUUCAUUUGUUUGUCAUAUCCUCGAUGAUUUCUUGAUUAUCGAACCAGCCUCAUCCUCCCCUCCUCUUAACUUGCUAUGCCAGCAGAGCUUGACUAGCAUGCUCUUGACCUUUAGGAAUCUGGGUAUCCCCAUUGCAGCCAACGAAACGGAGGGCCCUUCUACUACCCUUGAGUUCAUGGGAAUUAUCCUGGAUACUCUCCGGAUGGAGGCCAGACUCCCAGCAGAUAAGGUAGAACAGAUCCAGGCCUCCCUUGCCCUCUUUCAAACAAAAAGGACAUGCACCCUAAAAGAGUUACAGUCACUCAUUGGGACUUUGAACUUUGCAUGCAAAGUUAUCCCUCCUGGGAGACCCUUUCUCCAACGCAUGAUUGAGCUAACUCGUAAAGUCUCUAAACCUCACCACCACAUUAAAUUAAGCAAGGGUUUCUUUAAGGAUCUCACUAUGUGGCAACAGUUUAUUCACACUUGGAAUGGGGCCGGGUUUUUCCUCCCUACUUCAUGGCUAGACUCCGACUCUUUCGAACUCCAUACAGAUGCCUCAGGCAAACUUGGGUAUGGUGGGAUCCUAGGUCAGAAAUGGUUUCAGGGUAGGUGGGAGACUCACCACCAGCUCAAUGCUCCUGGUAUUAGCAUUGCCUGGCAAGAGUUAUUUGUUUGGUAGUAGCAUGCCACCUAUGGGGAGAUGAGUUUGCUAAUAAGCGUAUUGUUUUCUAUUGUGACAACAAAUCGGUCGUCAGUAUAGUAAACUCUAAACGAUCCCACAUUCUUAGGGUUAUGGACCUGGUUCGCCAUUUUACCCUCCUAACUUUAAGACACAACUUCUAUCCAAGGGCAGAGCACAUUGAAGGCAAGAAAAAUGAAAUCGCGGAUUCCCUCUCUCGAUUUCAGAUGGAGCGAUUUCGCAGACUGGCCCCUCAUGCAGACCCAGCCCCUUGUCCCAUACCCCUAGCAAUGUUGGUGAUCUGAAUGCCGACAUCCAGAAGUACCUAAGUCUCUCUGUUGCUGCCUCUAAUAGACAAACAUAUACAUCAGGUGAACGAAGAUUUUUGGACUUUUGCACCCUCCACAGCCCCAGCAAGUCAACGCAUUUGCCAACCAAUGAAGAGACUCUUAUUCAGUAUGUUGCAUAUUUAGCCAAAACAAUUAAACACUCAUCCAUCAAGGGUUACCUGGCUACAGUUAGACACCUGCAUAUCCGCUCAGGCUAUGACCUGGACCUUAAGAAAUUCCUGCGCCUGCAGUUGAUUUGCCGUGGCAUCAAGCGCUCCCAGGGAGAUUCUACCCGCACUCGACUCCCUAUUACAAUAAACCACCUGAAAUUGUUUUUCCAACUUCUUGCAAUCCCAACCACCAAUAACUAUGACUCUAUUAUGAUAUGGGCAGCCAUGACCUUAGCCUUUUUUGGUUUCCUCCGCUUGGGAGAAAUGACCUGCAACUCGCCCUAUUCAUGUACACUCCACUUGUCUCCAGGGGAUAUAACCUUUUCCCCCAGUUUUCAAAACCCUGAACAUAUGUCAGUUAGGAUAAAAAUAUCCAAUACCGACCCAUUCCGUUCGGGUCAGACUAUUGUUAUUGGAAAGACUGACCAGAGGGUCUGCCCUGUUUUGGCUAUGACAACUUAUUUGUCCUCCCGGGGGACCAAAACAGGUCUACUUUUUCAGUACUUGUCUGGCGCUCCCCUCACAAAAGCGGGACUUACCUCUGAAACUAGGCAGCUUCUCUCUAUGUCGGGUUUUCAGCCCUCUCAGUAUGCGGGACAUAGCUAUAGAAUUGGGGCUGCCACAACCUCUGCUUCUGUGGGCCUUCCCCCUUGGCUAAUAAAAACACUUGGGCGGUGGUCCUCUGACUGCUACGAAAGAUAUGUUCAGUGCCCACAUUCCCUUCUCUCUGGGGUUUCCCGUCAGUUGUUAGGUGAUGCCUUUAAUUAAUUAAUUACUUCUUUUUGGGUUGGAGUUAUUUCGUCUAUGGGGAAUACACUUCAUGUAUUUGUGGGGAUGAAGUGCUCCCAUACAGGCACUCUUGGCCCCAUAGACUCAGAAUUGAUGGGUUGC